AUGGCUCCAUAUCAUAAAAGACCAAGAAUGUCUGACCCGGAAGAAGGGGUCAUCAAUAACGAAGACGAAGAAACACUGGCUGAAGAAGUGGGAGAGGUCGAUGGCUCAGUUGAUUCAGAGGCAACCAUACCACCGGCUAUUAUCAAAUUCGAAGCCUGGCUUCAGUCGGCGGAUGGAGGGAACCUAGACAAGAUUGGGUGUAGACAAAACCUGGGCCUAGCCCAUGGGCUAGCCCAUGGGCUACCCUAUGGGCUACCCUAUGGGCUACCCUAUGGGCCACCCCUAAUUUAAAAAUAAAUUUUAAUUUAAAAUUAUAAAAUUAUAACAAAUAAAAAAAAUAAUAAGAGAAGAAAAAACAGUUGACUCCUUUUUCUACGCACGCGCUGUUCCAACGACGUUUUUUACCCGUCACGACCUCGAGGCACGAAAACGAGGCUUUAGAAUCUAUAUGCAAAUUGUUGUGCGUUGCGUGACAAUAAAAGGGGGUGGUAGGCCUACACGACUUUUACCUCAUGUCAAAAUGCUGCUUAUUCCAACAAAGUACAACUAAAGUUGCUCCUGCAAAAGCAACUAAGCACAAAGCCAACCCGGCAACUGAUGAGGUUCGUGAGGAGAACCGAAACCAUGGUCUUGCCUGAUCACAAACUGUGGCAAUAACAAAACAGUUUAAAGACUGUUAAGCUUAUUCAAAGCUAUUACCAAGGGAGGAACUACGCGCUCCAGUCAAAAGACUCACACUAUCCUUAGAAAAACACUAAGCUGGAGUUUACUGAGUCACAAUUCAAUUCUCCAUAGUAAGUUUAUGUAGCUUCAGUUUAAGCUGCAGUUCACUCUUAUAAUUUUGGAUCUGUAAGUCACCAUCCGUGAUAAUUUAAAAUUCUGCAAAGAAAACUGACGAGCUGGGCCCAGCGUGAUACAGCAUUGCAGAAAAACAUUACGCUCACGGACUAAAGAAAAUCGCUUAGAUCAGAUCCAUAAGGAACUUUGGAGAAAAUUGAAAACCUUAUUCAGCCGAAAUAAAAAAGCUUUACGCUUCAAAAGAGAAAAUGCGCUUGCAUCAGAGGGCAAAUCCUGCCGACCAGAAAACAAUAACUACAGUCAAUCGAUAUAUAUGUCAUGACCUCUCAGUGUGAAACAUGCGGCUAAAACCACAUUUGCUCAGUAAAAUGCAGAACCUUCCAGAGCAUAAUCUACCCAGCAGAGAAAAACAACUUUAUUGGAAUAAGCAGCAUUUUGACAUGAGGUAAAAGUCGUGUAGGCCUACCACCCCCUUUUGAUAGCUGUAGUGUCAACUAUUUCUAGCUAGUUAAUACAAUAAUUAUUACAAAUAUUAAGGCAAAGCUAGCGCGUUUGUUCUCGACUUCUCACAUCACAUUACACAUCGAUUGCACGUGGAACACAAAUACGAACUCGGGAGUACGUUCAUAUAUAUAGCUCAGUUUACUCGUAAUAUAGUCCACUGCUCUUUAGAUAUGGGGAGUAAAUUUGAGAAACUCGGAUAUGAUGUCGUAUUUAACCCGCCUGUGGACGGGAAUUGCUUUUAUUCUUCAGCUGCGACGGCCUUAAAGAUUCCUUUGGAAAUGCUGAAGAGUGUAGUCUUUGAUCACCUCAAGGCUAAUCAAUACGAUGUAAGUAUUUAUAGCUUACCUUAAAUACGAUAAAGAUAAGUCUGUUUUGUUAAGUGACAGCUUUUUUUACCAGCAUCUAGCCUUGAAAUUGACAACCUGAAUUACAACUGCCGAUCGUACCGGCGGUAGCUGACAUGCAACCAAAGUGAUAUACUUGCUGGGCAUAUUUGUUGACACGGGCAAUGCUACACACGUCGGCGCUCAGCUUAUGUUGUUAAUGUUAAUUUAGGAAGUUUUGGUUUAAGUCGUUUGACCACCCGCAUGAUUGUGCAUGAUUGUUGAUGAUAGUUUCCAACGCAAAACAAUCAUCAACAAUCAUGCACCGUUUGACCAGGCCUUAAUGAAACUUGAGAAAUUGGCGCUGGCGCGAGACGGCUGACGCGAGUCGCUGACGCAAGUCAGAUACGAUCACCUAUCUUGUAUUUUUUAAGGUUUUUUAAAGUUUUUAGAGUGACAAAAAUCAAAAUGAUUUUCACUCAGUGGAAGUUAAUUUUCUGAUAUUCAGAGAAAAAAAUGUUCAAAGAAAGUCUUGAAAAGCGUGUGGAGAUAUUAAGUAAAAAAAAAAGAUAUUUCGGAAUAAAAGACAAAGGUGUCAUUAUGUCCUAAAUGAGUGGGCGCCCGGGAAAAUUUUUUUCCGGCGAAAUAUGUUGUUCAUGUUUCAUGUUCAUGUUGUCCGACAGCAGGAUUUUGUGAUCAUUUGUGACUAUUUGAUUUUCUGAAAACAUUAUGGAAUACAGACAAGCAAAUGACGGCCAGAUGUGCACUUUUUAAGCUGCGGUCUUUGGCGAAACAUUCGGCAAAAUUAAACGCGUUCAUAAGGCAAAAUUUGGGUAGGGGUGUCAAUUUUGAACUCGCUAGAACUUAACAGAUAUAUUGGGGAGUGGUGAGAGUUUACCAGUAUUAUUUUUUAUCCAAUGAAACGCGCUUUUACGGUAAUGUUGCGAUGUUCAUAAGUUAAAAUUUGUGAAACGUGAUUUUGUGUCCAAGUUAAGCUACUCAAGAAAAAAAAAAAAGCAAGUUGAUUUCACCACUCACUGAUCUCUAUUGUGUCAUAUCUGAAGCCGAUUUUUUGAUUUUUGAUUUCAAGUUAUUUGCUUUUAAAGGAAGAAAAUUGUUCAUGUUAGAAGCCUCAUAUCUUCCAUUUGAAAGCCUGUUUAAAAAUGUUGCGUCAGAUAUGACAAUCUACAAUACACCUAGAAUUUUGAACUAAACUGUUCGGGGGCUGCGUGAGUGUCUGAGUGCCCAUCAACGAGAGAGUUUGUUGAACUAAACGAAAGUAUCUGAUUUAUUUAUGCACUAAGCUUAAAAAUUUUCAAUUUUCAUUUCAAGGAUUCUGGAAAUGACAAAUUGGACUUCCUCUGUGAAGAGGAUUUCCAUGACAAGAAAAAACCACUCGACUGGAAUGCUGCCCUUCAAAAGUUGAGAGGAGAAUAUGCCAAUGACAUGAUAAUAACAGCAUUUGUUGAAGUUACCCAUUACGAGGUCAUUAUAGUGACAGUACGCAAGGUAAGAAAGAUUUUUGCUGUCACUAAAGGUGCAUUAUUAUCUGCAGCCUGGCUGGCUGAGCAGAUCUUUUUCUCAUGGUAUCCAUGGAUACAAUGAGAAAACAGACAUCAAACCUAUAGUCAAACCUAUACCUGUAGCUAGGCUAUUCAACAUAAUCACACCAGUGGUACUUUUGAAGUAAAAAGCAGUCAAAAAUCCAGAUGUGCAAAAGGGUGACCUUUUUUUCUCUUUUGAGUUCUUCUUUUAACUUCUUCUUAGGGUAUGACCUUGUUCUUACCUUAAUUUUGACCUUUGCAAUAUAUGUUUCUUUUCUUUCUAAGGACACUAAAGAAUGUGUUGAAAGCAAAGUGCCUAGAACUGGAGUAAAACUUGGUACUCUUUACUUUGGCCAUGAUGCAGAUGCUGAGCACUAUAUGUCAAUAAAGCCUAAGCAGAAGGUAACUAUAUUACCCAAAAUUGAUUACUUUCAACUCGGUCCGUUGUGCCCUGUAAAUUUUCCGCUCAUCACUACAGUAGAUGUUCUGGGUGAGGUGUAAGGGGUGGGGAUGAAAAUAAAUAAUACUUUAUAUGAACAUAGGGUGGGGGCAAUAUUGGAAGAAUAUGAGACCAAUUUUUGGCCCCUGAUAACACACAGAAAAGAUCAAGGCUAGCUUGCUAGCAAAAUUAAAUUAAACACUCUGGUGAAUAAUAAUCUUAUUUCAAUUUUAUAGGAAACUGAAACUUACGCCGAUAAAACAAAGGUUCCAUGUUCAGCGAAACCAUGUGUCAAAGUAGACAGGAAGCCAGCAGAGAAUGAAAGUAUAAAAGACGAGAAUGAUGUACAUGUGAAAAAAGAAAAGUGCCAGCAGGAAAAGGUUGGUUUAUUCAUGUAUUAAUAUAUUUGCGAAUUAAUGAUAGAGUUUGGAUCAACUUUCUCAUUGACUUUACAGGAUUAAAACUCUUUAAAACAGCUGCCAGAAAAAUCUAUUAUUUCUUAAAGGUUACAAUGUUUGUAUAGUAUGUUUGGAUGAAGAAUACAAAAUCCGUGUGAAAAUUUUAACCAUAAAUAACUAUCUACCUACCCCACACCCCCAACCCCUCCCCCCUCACCCCCUAUCCCCUUACCAUCAUCCCCACCCCUACCCCCAUACCCUGUACCCUUCAGCCCUCACCCCUAACUUCACUCCCCACCCCUACCCUCUCCCACCCUUUACCCCUACCCCUAAGCCCCCCUACCCCUCUCCCUCACCCUCUACCCCUCACUCCACCCCUCCCCCUCAACCCCUGAAAAGUAAACGCAGUUACAUUUUACCAUUUUUCCUACAGAAUGAUCUGUUUCAUGAAGAACAAGACGUCAUUUCCAUUAGCUCUGAUGAAGCAGAGGAGGAAAUGCAGCCUGGCGAAAACACGUUACAAGAAAAUAUGGAAAAGAGUAAGAGUCAGGUGAGUCUUGUCAAUCCAAUUAUUAAAGUGGUACUAUGAUCAAAUUUUUCCUGUCUGAUUUUCUAAUGGCAUCAUUUAGCGUUAAAUGCUGUUAACAGUUUUCAAGUACUGUAUCUUUUUUUAGAUUUAAGAAAUGCACAAAAAUAUGCAAAUUAGGAACUGAUGACGUCAUCUACUGAAUCGAAAUUGAUCUUUAUUAUAUCAAUGGAGCUAUCUUCGUCAAUUUUUGGCAGAAACAAUUGAAACUUGGUGACACACAUACUGAUAUAAUAAAAUCCAGUUACCAUGGCAACUUACUCGUUUCCAGGCCCUAUAGACCUGAUUCCAAUUUUUGAUGGUUUUUAGCUGAGAAAAAUGAAGUCCAAAAAAGAAGUCUACUGAAUACAAUGAUAUCCUUGCUUGAUCAGGAAAAUGAGGCAUCACCUUGAAAUACUAAAAUGCAAGUCUUAUUAAGGCCAGAAAAGCCCUAAAAAGGGGGCCUGGAACCCAGUUUGUCGCAAUGGUAACAUAAUAACAUCAAUAUUAUUUACCCUCCACCCUUGUUCCCUUUUCACCCUUUUAAUUGCAUAGGAUAACUGUUGUUAAUUUUAUUCUUCACUUUUCCUGUAUCAGGACUUUGAAACGAGUGGUUCGAAGGAGAGGAGUUACCACCAACACCAGGGUUCGGACACUGCCCACGUGCUGAGGUAUAACAUUUUGGUUUAUAAUAGCCGCCAGAGUGUGGUUAUGAUCGCAUGUAAUGUGUAAAAAUAAAGAUGUGUAGACUGUGCUCCGGGCUUUGCAGAGUUUUACGUUGAAUUCCUUUUUGGAGCAUUUUUUUUUUUAUUAUAAUGUCAAACAUUUAUUUACGCCGCUUUGCAUGCCCCAUGUGCACAUACUGCAACAAUAUAUUGCAUUCUCUUUUCAGUUUUACAUUACUUCUCUCACGAUCUCUAUAUUUUAGAAAAGAACCAAAGUCUUUGAAUCAUGGGAGGAAGAGGAGUAUUGUCCCGUCAACCUGUGCUUCCUACAGGAUCUUACAAGUAUUCAAAGGUACGAGAACGUUGUUUUUCCACUAUUGCGAAAAUACGAGCUACCGCUACACUGUAGUGUUCUGUUUUGACCAAUUUAGAACAGACUUCUGAAGGUUACCGAAGUAUUCUCGAAGAAUUCCUAUGGGCUACCCUAUGCAUGGGCCACCCCAAAAUUUGAAAAUUAAUAAAAAAUAAAUCAGGCAAAAAAAUGUCAGGCCCAUCAGAAGUUUAUAACACUAGAAGUCUUCGUCUCACGUAAUGGGGUUGCAAAAACACUUCACAGAAAUAAUGCAGCGUUUUGUUAAUGGCUAAUCUUAUCUAUUUCAGCUUGCAUCGCCUGUUAGAAUCUGCAUCGAUAGAUCACCGUCUAAAACAUCUGCCAAAAGUAGAAAAACGAAGAAAAUGAAACGAAAGUCAAACAAGAGUAAAUCAGAGGCACAACCAACACAGGUGGAGCAUUGCAGUUUAUUAAGUGGGGAAUGUGACAUUGAAGACAGUGACAGUGUAGACUCGGAAGAUAGUGAUACUGCAGAGGCUUCUUCCGUGGAAGAACUGUAAGUAUUACUGUAGUUUUGUAGGGCAGUUCAGCUACUCCGUCAGGUUUCAACUUCUUGCCAGUUAUGGGAUCGUGUGGGGCGCACGCGUGCGUUUCAGAUUACGUUUAAGUGCGCCCCCAAACGAUCCCACAACUCAGCGCGUCUACUCUCGCCCCAAUCUUCGACUCCUUUUGCAAGUGGGCUAUUGUCAUGUGAUGCUGGUCAGUGGAUGCCUUGUUUGACUGACGUCAUUGUCAAUUAAACAAGGACUCCGCUGACCAGUUUCGAUGACCAUAUCGCUGGCUCGAUCCUUAAUUUACUUAUAGCGGCAUUUUUCUGUCAGGGCUCAAACGUCUGUAAGCGAAGAAGAGAACACAGAAGAGAACAGGUAAGCAUUAGUAUGUCUGUUUAGAUACCAGUACUGAAAACAAAGUUACUUUCACAAACAAAACAACAAUCAGAAUCAGGCAAGUUGUGAAAUGCAUGCAGUUUUAAAACUUCGGACUGUUUCGGUAAGACGCAUGGCAAAUAUCAAACUUUUCAUGCUAGAAUUGUGUAGAUUUGUUAUGUCCAAUUUACUUGAUUCUGGAAAUAGCUAUUGCCAAUAGGGUUACAUUAUUUUGUUUCAUUCCACAGGAACAAAAGUGAAUUAUCCAAAGCCCAGAUCAUCAAGUAUUACUUUAACAGACAAUCUUUACCGUGUCUGCCGACUAGUCUUCUCGAUAAAUCUUCCUCUAAUAACUCAGUCGUGGCUCUACUUCUCAACGCUGAACAGUGUUACAAAGAGUUUAUAGCGACGUCAAAUCCUGUUCGAGUCAAGCACAACGUUAGAUUUUUAAUAAAUCUUGACGAACUUAACGACUGUGAAGACUUACUCUCUGACGAUCUUGGCUCCUGGAAUCAAACAAAGACAAAGAAGAAAUGGUACGAAACGAGAUGUGAUAUAAACGGCAAAGUUCAGAAAGUAGUUAAAGUGGGUGACAACUCCCCUGAUGCAUUUGUAGUGUGCCGCCGUCCAUUUGUCAAUGCGAGUGACAGGUCUCUGCACAAGACGAUAGUUGACAUUACCCAUCCAGAUGGAAAGCACCACAACAUCGUUUUCGUAAAAUAUGAAUUCGUUAAUGCUCCAGAGCAUGAAGUGAAAGUUAAGCACCAUGGCAACGCCGAAAUCGUGCAGUAUCCCUUAUCUAAGAACCUAUAAGAGCACGCGUAAAGACACUAGAAAAAAUGCAAACCAAAAAGGUAAAGGCUUAAAGAGAGCUAUUCACGAAGUAGAAAUGGAAGUGGGAGACAUAGCCAACUGUAAUUCCGUUGGGGCUUUGCCAAGGAAUGAACGUCAGGCAAAAUAUCUGAAAGAAAAAAAAAAACAGUAAAGGGCGUAUUGCCGAUCCAAUUUUCGAGAUCACGGAAAAGAUGAAAACCGAAGAUAAGAAAUUUACCAGAGGAUACAGCCUGGACGAUGAGUCGCCUAAAGUUAUCCUGUUUAUGGAUGAACAGGUUGAAGACAUUGUAAACUUCUGCUGUAAUGAGGUCCACGGGCACACCUCUUUGCUGUACGUAGACGUGACGUUUCAACUGGGACCUUUCUUUGUUUUGGUGACAACCUACCUAAACACGACACUUUUCACGAAACGCAGUAAUCCACCAACGUGUCCAGUAAUGCUUGGUCCGGUAAUGCUGUGUAUGUUGAAAGACAAGGCUACCUACCUGACUUUGUUUCAAAAAAUCUCCGCCCAAGUACCAGGUUUGCAAGUAAACCUUAAGGGGUAUUGCACUGAUUCAGAGGAAGCGCUGCGUCAAGCACUAGCCCAGGUGUUUCCCAACUCCGCAUCAUUGCUUUGCAAAGUACACGCACAGAAAAACAUUGAGGAAAAAUGUCGGAAACUUCGGUUUUCCCAGUCGCUGACGAAUGAGAUAGUUCAUGACAUUUUUGGCAGUGGGGGUCUAGUAUACGCCGACUCCUACGAGGAGUACAACCAAAAGUUAAACUCGUUGACCGAAAAAUGGGACCGCAAGGAAUUCAAGGACUCACCGGAGGAACUCGCGUUUUCCAAAUAUUUCAGACGCUACAAGGCAGAGGAGAUUUGGAACCACGUUACAGCGAAAAGCAUCAAAAAUGCGGGUUUUGAGGACGAAGUACAAGCCAACAACAUUUCAGAGUCAGCAAAUGCUUUUCUCAAACGAUGGCAAGACUUCCAAGCCACAGACAUGGCCAGUUUUAUCGAGGAUUGUAGGGGCCUCAUCACCAAACAGCGACGUGAUGUUCAACGGGCAUUGCUGGGGCUUUCAAGCCCGUAUAUACUGAGGCCUGAGUACCAAGGCUCCGUAAAAGGAACUGAUACCUUUUUGACCAACAACCUGGUGAUCGCGAUAACGCCACUAACAAUUUAAAAGCCUAUGUUGAUGCAGAAAAUUUCAAGAAAGUUUACGGCCAUCGACCUGCUCCGCCAAAAUCUCAACUGAAUCGUGAAGAUGCUGCAAUUAACUUAAAUGCUCUGUCAGAUUUGUUCACAGAAAAAAUCUGCGGCUGCUUGGCGAGAAGGCGCAGAGGCUUUGUCGAGAAAAAAACAUCCGUGCUGGGUUUGAAAAAACUGUUUUCUCGUGAAAAGUGAGUCUCAGCAAACGCCCCACAUGGUGAAAAGACUUGCAGACAACGGAUAUGUUUGCGAUAAGCAGUGUUUGGGCUUCAAGUCGCGAAAAUUUGUGCCCACACUGUCGCAGUUGCUGCUCACAACAGGAACGUUACGGGCUAUGUAAAAUGGUAUCAACAACAAGAAAAGAAGGACAACUUGACUGCACUGACAACGUUUGCGGUUAACAAAAGUGCGGGGUGCCAAAAAAAGCCAGCAAGAAUGCGCCGUAAUAAGUCGCCGGACGUUAUGACUCAGUCAAGCCAGUUAGGACGGAACACACAAACAAAGACGCUUGGAGAUCUAAUGGCAAGUGGUGAUCGAUCGGCAUCAAGAUAUACCGCUGAGACAUCUUCUAAUCAACCGCUUAGAAUAACAUUUAGAAGAAGCAAGCCUCCGAAGCCAGCAGUACAACCCACAAUGAACACCCCUUUUGAACUAAUUGGACUCACCACACGAAUUAAAAAAUGUGCAGCAGGAUGCAAGGGCAACAUCAGAGAUGGGCCAGACAAUUUCUCUAGGGGGACAUCGACAACAAAUUUUGCAUUCGCCACCAAGAGCACGACCUUGUGUGGAUCGAGAGCCAACAGAAGUACAAAAAAACAUUUGAGAACAAACACUUCCAUUUAUAUGGAAAUUGCAUUCGGGCAAGAAAUCCACACUUUGACCCCAGUCAAGUGAACAUUCUGAGUUCCCUAGAUAGCGGCGACAUAGAAAUUUUAAAAGAAAGACUCAACUAGUUUUGUUUCAUGUCAAAUAAGUAUACAACUAGGUAACAAUCUCUGUGUAACAAUCUCUUCAGUUUUCGCAGUUUCUUUAUCAUUACCUAGGAGAUCACGUGAUCCGGUCAACAUUCUGUUUUAUUGGUAUUGUACAUAACGUUUGUGUUUUACAAUUAUUUAAAAAAAUGAGAAUUUGUGUUUACCAUUAGUCUCUUCAUGGACUGGUAAAAAAGUAUAGGGGGUGGGGUCGGCUGGAGCAAAAAAAAGGCAGUUCAGCAAUUUUUGAGCCUUGGCAAAGGGGUGGGUCAUUUCUUCUUUGAGCCCCUAGAGGGGGUGGGUCAUGAUGGUUUUCUGACUGAAUAAAGCUCUUAGAAGGGUGGAAUUGCUAGGUAGGGUAGAUUUUUAGGGGGUGGGUCAUGUAUAUACCUAAUUGAAAAAAACGUUGUCGCUGUGAAAAGCAUAAACCAUAAACGAUAACACCGAAUUAUCUUGUUCAGUUUGUCACGGACGACAAUCAUGUCAUUCGAUUUCCCACAAAAAAUU